AUGUUUGCAAGCCGGGUACUUCAACGUCAGCAAGCUUCAAUUUCCACCGUAGCUGCUGUUACCGUUACUGGACUCAUAGCAUACGGCCUCUAUUCGUACAGCACGAAACCCGCUGAUUCUGAGCGUGGAAAGCCAGCGAUGGCUUUCCGCGGCAUGGGUCUCACUUCUCUACGCCUCCAUAGCAUCCAGACGCUCAACCACCAGACGAAACUCUUGCGGUUUGAAUUUCCAGAACCCAAUACUCAGAGUGGUCUCAGCCUCACAUCGGCUGUCCUGACAUUCUCCAAACCACAAGGACGUGUACUUCCAGUCAUCAGACCAUAUACCCCAGUUAAUAACCUAGACGAGCCUGGCUACAUCGAGCUUGCUGUCAAGCGCUACCCAAAUGGAAAACAAAGCACCCAUCUCCACGCCAUGACUCCAGGCGACUCGCUCUACUUCCUGGGCGCAAUUAAAGGUUAUCCCUGGACUCCCAACAAACAUUCUCACAUUACUCUUAUUGCUGGAGGUGCGGGAAUAACACCCAUGUAUCAGCUCAUCCGAGGCAUUCUCAAAAAUCCAGAAGAUAAGACAAAAAUCACACUCGUCUUUGGUGUCAACAGUGACCAAGAUAUACUCUUCCAAGAAAACUUCGCAAAAUACGAGAAAGAAUUUCCUAACCGCUUCAAAGCAAUAUACACGGUCAGCAAUCCUGCUGAAGGCUCGCCAUAUCCCAAGGGAUAUGUUACGAAGGAAUUGUUGCAGAAGGCAAUGAUAGAUCCCGGUGAGAAAGAUUCCAAGGUGUUUGUUUGCGGGCCACCAGCGAUGGAGAAUGCUAUUUUGGGCGCUAAGGGUAGCUCUGGUAACACCCAGGCUGGAAUCCUUGAGCAACUUGGUUAUACCAAAGAUCAAAUACACAAAUUCUGA